AUGAAAUUAAUGAAUAAGGAAAGGAGGGUUUGGAGAGAAAAUCUAAGCAUUUUUGGGUCAUUCAUAUUGGAUGGUUUAAAUCUAUUAAUAAGUGGGAAUGCUAACUUACACACCUUUCAUCUUAACCUUCCAAAUAUCUAUAAAUUAAUUUAUGUGAUUUUGAAUGGAAGAAUGAACACGUUUCAUGAUGGUUUAAACCCACAAAAACCUUAUUUUGUAAUCAACAUGGCCCUUCCCUGA